AUGGCUACAGCAGGACCUCCGCGGCUGUGGAUGCUGGGUGCUCUGCUCAUAGUCCUGCUACUGGGGGUCACAGAGCCUGUUCUUGCAAAUGAUGUUUCCUGUGAAAAUCCCACUGCUCCUGGACCCUCUGAGAGGAACCGGGAUCUUGGAGCUGGGCCUAGGGAAGACACACGGGAGAACGACAGCAACCGUAUCAUAAACGGGUCCGAUUGCGACAAGCAUUCCCAGCCGUGGCAGGCUGCGCUACUGCUUGGCCCCAACCAGCUCUACUGCGGGGCGGCGCUGGUGCAUCCGCAGUGGCUGCUCACGGCCGCCCACUGCAGGAAGAAAGGUUUCAGAGUCCGUCUUGGCCACCCAAACCUGUCACCUAUUUAUCAAUCUGGACAGCAGUUGUUCUGGGGGAUCAAAUCCAUUCCACACCCUGGCUACUCCUACCCGGAUCACUCCGAUGAUCUCAUGCUCAUCAAACUGAACAGAAGAAUCCGUGUCACUCAGGAUGUCAAGCCCAUCGACAUCUCCUCCCAUUGUGUACCUGCUGGGACCACUUGCUUGGUGUCUGGCUGGGGUACCACCAGCAGCCCCUCAGUGACCUUUCCCAAGGUCCUCCAGUGUUUGAAGAUCACUGUGCUAAGUCGGGACAAGUGUGAGAAGGCCUACCCAGGACGCAUAGAUCAAACCAUGUUCUGUGCUGGUGAUGAGGCAGGUCGAGACUCCUGCCAGGGUGAUUCCGGAGGGCCUGUGAUCUGCAAUGGAUCCCUGCAGGGACUCGUGUCCUGGGGAGAUUUUCCCUGUGCCCAGCCCAACAGACCAGGUGUCUACACCAACCUUUGCCAGUUCAACAAGUGGAUCCAUGACACCAUCCAGGCCAAUACAUGA